AUGAUGGCUGUGAGUAAGGUUCACAAAGACCAAUUCGUUGUCCUGAAUCAUAGCAGGAACAAGAAGGGAUAUAUGUCAGCAGUUGAUGGCCGGAUCAUUGGGAAGAAAGCAGGAAGUUAUAUCUAUGGAGUAGUUGUCGGCACUAGAAACAAGUCUUCAAAUAACAAGUUUAUCAAGAGGAACAAAAACCUUCAAUUAACUGAUAACCUCAAUAUUUUCAACACAUUUUUGACCUCAGAUAAAUUGACUAAAGGAAUGCAACUCCAAGGAACUGUAGAGAGUAAAGAGGGAAAAGGAUACAUUAUUGAUCUUCUUUUGAAAGAUCAAGGCAAAGCUUUUCUCAAUUUCAAAGAUUAUAAAGGAAAAGAGCUUCAAGAAGGAGAAUUAAUCACUGUCAUUAUGAAGGGAUCAAUCUCGAAGAGUCAGAAAAUUAUCAAAUGCGCUCAUAUUUCAGCCAUUGAGAACAUAGAGGAUUGGGCUAUUGAUAUUCACUCAGAGAUUAAUUUUGAAUGUGUCAAGCCUGGCUUCCUUGUUGAGUGUAAGAUCCAAAGCAUUGUAGAAAAUGGCCUAAAUGUCUCCUUUGGUAAAGGAGUCAAUGGGGUCAUCUUCAUUGAUCAUCUUGCUCAGGAUCUUUCGAAAUACAAAAAGAAAGGAAAGAUUUUGGCAAGAGUAAUUUCAGUUGAUUUUGAGAAGAAAAGAAUUGGUCUCAGUGAACUUGAAAACAUCGUUAAGCUACAAAAUACUGCUCCUCCAGCAAGGCAAGGAGAAGUUUUGACUAACGUAAAAGUACUGAAGAAAGUUUAUGGCCAUUCCUACAUUGUCCAGGGAGAAAGCACUGAAACCGGUGAUAUUCUCAAAUGUUUCUUACAUCAAAACCAUAUUGCAGCUGCUGUCAAGAUCCAAGAGAACAAAAAGAAGAGGACAAAGGAUGCUUUUGAAAAGAAGAAAGAAUUUGAGGUUGAUGAGAAACUUCAUUGCAAUGUUAGAAUCAAAGAGUUCAACUACUUCGACAACAUCCCUAUUGUCUCUUCAAUGGAAGGAAUCAAUGAGAAUGUUGUCCUCAACUGGGAUACAGUCAAGGGAGGAAUCACUGUAGAAGGUACUAUUAGGGAAACAGUAGAUGAUAACUAUUUUGUUGUUGAUCUCAAUGACCAGAUUUUUGGAAGAGUUUACAAGACCCACAUUAGCGAUGCCCCACAAAAGAAGAUCAACAAAAAGCUAAGAUCUACUAAGGGAAAGAUUACUAUGAAGACCUGGAAGGUGAUAAGCGAUAGUGAAAUUCUCGAACUUACAAUGAAAGAAUCAAUUGUCAAGAAUAAGGUAUUCACUCCACUAAAUCUUGAUGAUCCCAUGAUUAAGAACGGAGUCAAAAUGACUGGUGUUCUCAAGGCUAGAGAUGAGAAAGGAUACAUUAUUGAAUACUUCAACAAUCUCAGAGGAUUCUUACCUUUCGAUAAUCUUGAGAAAUAUGGAGAGAAAAUCUCAUUCAAGAAGGGAACUCUUAUCGAGGCAUAUCUUUUGUUUAAAACAAAAGAAGGACUUUCAUUGACAGUCUCUAAGGAGGAAUCAAUUAAGUUCAAGCCAAAGCCUGGACAAGAUGCUGCUGGAAGAUCAAAGAUUUACAUUCCUAAAAAUGCUAAUUUCGAAAAAGGAGAUAAGGCGCAAGGAAUCAUUUGCAAAUUUAAUAAGUCUUGCUCAUAUCCUCUGACUAUCAAAUUAAGCGAAAAGCACCUUGGAGUUGUCUUCUUCUCCGAUCUUGGACUCAAGGAAGGAUUUGACCAAAGUGAGCUCGAGAGAAUGUUCGAAAUCGGAUCAGUCAUUGAUGUUUAUAUCAAGACUCCAAAAGAAGGUGAAGGCAAAAUCGAAUGCUCUCUUAUCCCUCCUGAACAAGAAAGAUCAGUCAAAAGAUUUGAAGAAGGAUCAAAGGCUCUCUGCAGAUAUGUCAAAUUCAAGAAUGGAUUUGGAGCAACAGUUCAACUUUCUCCUACAAAGUAUGGAUUUAUUGAUAUCUGUGAACUAACUGAUGAGAUCGAGAAAUUCGAUAAAACUUUAUUCUUUGCAAGAGUUAUCGAUGUCUCACAAACAAAAAUCCAACUUUCAGCAAGAGACUCUCUUGUUGAUGACGAAAAGUAUAAAAUCUUAGGCACUGAUGGAACAAGUCUUGAAUAUAAAAAGGCUUUUGGAGAAUCCCAAAAGAAAGGAGAUCUUAGAAAUCUGAUUAUUAAAUAUCAUAAUUGGAGAGAGCUUCUUACCGAAAACACAUUGGUUAGAGGAUAUGUCACUAGCAUUAACCAACACGGUGUGUUUAUUAAAUUGGCUAGAAACUUAUCUGUAAGAGCUAACUUGAGAGAAAUCAGUGAUGACCCCAAUGUAAAGCCUGAAGAUUUCUUAUCUAGAAACACCUUAGUGCUGGGAAGAAUCCUUAAUUUCUAUAAAGAUAAGGUAAACAUUACUUUGAGAGAAUCAAUUGUUACCUAUGGAAUCGAUGAAGUUGAUAUUUCUGAGUUCCAAGCAGGAUUCAAAGCCAAACUUAUGGUUUUAUCAAUUGCUAAUAAACUUGCUUUCUGCCAGAUCAUUGGAAGCAGGUAUAAAUGUAAAGUUAAACUAACAAAGGAAGACCCUACUGUCAAAAUUGGACAAAAGAUCAUUGCUAGAAUCAAAUCCGUUAAUGAGGACAACCCUCCUAAAAUUAUGAUGCAUGAAGUAGAAGAGUGCAACGAAGUGAUGACUGAGGAAUAUGAUCGCCUUAUCUCCUUAAUGAGCGAAGUGAAAGAAGUCCAACAAGACUUCCUCCAACACAAGGAUGAUGAUGAAGAGGAGAAGGUCAGCGAAGUCAACAUCAACCAGAAUGAAGUUGAACAAAAUAUUGAAGAUCUUCAAGAGCUUUUAGAAGUCGGAGAAGAAAGCUCAGAUAAAGAGAUGGACGAAGAAGCCAAGAAAAUCACUAAGUUUUUGAAGUUUGACGAAGGAGAGAAAGAACAAGAAGAAGAAAAAGAAGCAAAAGAAGAAGAUAAGAAGAAAGAGACAAAGACAAUGAACCAACACAUCCAAGAAGAGAUUAGCAUCAUGCUUAAAGAAAGAGGUAUCAAAGAGGAGGAUCAUGACUCCCACUAUUAUGAAAGAAUGUUAUUGGCAAACCCAAGUAACUCUUUCCUCUGGAUCCACUAUAUCUCUCAGGAACUUGCCAAGAAAGGAUAUAAAGAUGCUAAGGUUCUUUGUGAGAGAGCAGUGAAAUCUAUUGAUAUCACUAAGCUGAAAGAAAAACUUAACCUCUGGAUUGCUUACAUGAACUUAGAGAGUAAAUUUGGAAAAGAAAAAGAGUUUAAGAGCAUCAUUAACAGAGCUUUAAAGAUUAACGAUCAGAAGGAAAUCUACUUGGCUGUUAUUGACAUUUAUAAAAGGAGAAAGAACUAUAAAAUUAUUGAAGGAUUCUACAUCAUCUUGACGAAGAAGUAUAACUUCCAUCUUGAUGUAUGGAAGAAAUAUGUUGAAUACUUAUUUGAAGCUCAUAACAUCAAAGAGGAUGAUAAGCACCCUGACCAUAUCUUACUUGUUGAUGUUGAAUUGACUGAGAAGAUUGAUGUCCUCUCAAAAGCACUGAAGAUUCUUGAAAGAAAGCAACAGAUAGAAUUGAUGAGAAAGUAUGCUACUGAAGAGUACAAAUAUGGAAACAUUGAGAAAGGAAGGACUAUGCAUGAGUCUAUCAUUCAUUCUUACCCCAAUAGAACUGAUAUCGUCUCUACCUAUCUAGAUUUAGAAAUAAAGCAUAGUAAGAACAAGGGAAAUAUAAGGAAGGUCUUUGACAAGCUUCUUGCUAGAGAGAACAUCAAGCUAAAGCAAAUUAAGUUCCUCUUCAAGCGGUAUCUUGAAUUUGAGACAGAAUAUGGAUCUGAGAAGGAUGUCGAGAGAGUCAGGAAUAAGGCCCAGGAGUUCGCAUCUAAGUUUGGAAACGAUGAAGGUGAGAGCGAUAGUGAAGCAGAAGGUGAAGAUGAAGGUGAAUCUGAAGAUGAACAAGGUCCUGCUGAAGAACAACAAAAAGAUAAAGAAAUGAGCAACGAAAGUGAAGAUAGUGAUGAAAGUGAUUAA